AUGCAUUCACGGGAGCAACAGAUCCGAGCGCAUGCGCAAUUCAUUGUUUUGACUGAAAAUGCCGUCGGUUUCGAAAACGGCGGCCAAUGCGUCUCCUCAAACCGAGAAACCUACCCACUAUACAUACUUGAAGGAGUUCAGGACAGAGCAGUGCCCGUUGUUCCUCCAGCACAAGUGUACGCAGCACAGACCCUUUACGUGCUUUCACUGGCAUUUUCUCAACCAGCGACGAAGGCGACCCAUACGAAGAAGGGACGGGACUUUCAACUACAGCCCCGACGUUUACUGCACCAAGUACGACGAGACCACAGGCAUCUGCCCAGAUGGCGAUGACUGUCCUUAUUUACACCGGACCACUGGUGACACAGAGCGCAAGUACCAUCUACGAUAUUACAAGACUGGCACUUGUAUCCAUGAGACAGAUGCUCGAGGGCAUUGUGUGAAGAAUGGCCUCCACUGUGCUUUUGCUCAUGGGCCACAUGAUCUCCGACCUCCAGUCUAUGAUAUCAGAGAAAUCCAAGCACAAGAGGCCCUCCAAAAUGGACAGUUGGGAUCUGGGGAAGGGAUUCCUGAUUUGCAGCCUGGUGUGCUAGCCAGCCAAGCUAUGAUUGAAAAAACUCUGACAGAAGAUCCCCGGUGGCAAGAUACCACUUUUGUUUUAGCCAAUUAUAAAACAGAUCAGUGUACUAAGCCACCCAGACUAUGCAGACAGGGCUAUGCUUGCCCCCACUACCACAACAGUAGAGAUCGGAGGAGAAAUCCUCGAAAGUUCAAGUACAGGUCAACUCCUUGCCCUAAUGUGAAGCACGGUGAUGAAUGGGGCGAGCCCUCAAAGUGUGAAAGUGGAGACAGUUGCCAGUAUUGCCAUUCUCGUACCGAACAGCAGUUUCAUCCAGAGAUCUACAGAUCCACCAAAUGCAAUGACAUGCGCCAGACUGGAUACUGUCCCAGAGGACCGUUUUGUGCAUUUGCACAUGUAGAAAGAAUUCCUUCUACAGAAGAGACCAUGAGCUCAUUGCUAACAGCGAUACAGUCGAGUUCUCAGUCCCAGCUGAGCUCUCAGCAGUAUUCAGAGUGUCCAGUCACUGAGUGGAACAGUGGAGGAAACUCCACCAACAGCAUAGCCAGUAGCAAUGGACAAAUAGGAAGUGUUUCAUGUUCUAAUAGCUCAACUGUAACGUCAAGCUCAGGAAGCGACACUUUGUUAUCCCCAAUGGGAUCCAUCAGCAGCAGGCUCAAAUCCUUAAAUAAUAAUAAUUCAUGUUCAGAGUCCACCACAUCCAGUGUCUCAUCUCUGAUGUCUAACUAUCCCAAAGCUCCGGGCUUUGAACGUGAAGAUCAGAUUAAGAACAAGGGACAGGUGGAUCAAAAAAUGAUGGACCAAGAAAAACAGACACAAAAUACUGUAUUCUCUGUGGUGAACCCAUUGGCAUCAAGCUUUACCUCCAGUAUAACAUCAAGCUUGGCCUCUAGUAUUGGUUCAGACAGUUCUUCACCCACCACCUUAUCAACGAUGAAUGCAAAAGCCACUCCUUUCUAUCCAGGGAGCAACACAGUGGAGUCUGUCAUUGAUUUAUUUUGUUUCCCGUCAGGAUCCGCACUGGACCUCAACUUUAGUGACAUUAAUGUUGCAUCGCUUGAUAAGGAGUUAGAGGAUCAAGAUAACAGUGUGGGAAUGGCAGGUCAAAGGGUGCUAAGUGGAUCUGCUCCUGUCAACAUUCCUGGCUCAUUGGCACGAUCAUCUUCUUUUAAUUCUUCAUCAUCGCUCUCCACCUCCCCUCUAAGUUCUCUCUCCCAGUCGCUGUCACAGUCCCUGCUGUCUGGGACAGUAUCUCAGCAAAAUCAACCUUCAAACAUGCUAGCCAAGCAAGAGCACGGCCUUCUGGGAACACCCACCUCCUCUUCCCAGAACUCUCUGGGCUUGAACGGAGGAGCUAGCAGCAUUUGGGACUUUGUAAGUGGCAGCUUUUCACCCAGUCCAUCUCCAGUUUUCAGCAGCCUAUCCUCCACAACCACCAGUGCUGAUGUGGCCCGCCUUUUCAGAGAGCUGGAUGAGGCCAAGAGGAAGAUCAAACAAUUUGAGGAGGCCUGGCAUCAGGUGAAGCAAGCCUGUGAAGCUUGCCAGAAAGACGCUCAUGAAGCAAAGGAGCAAGCAAAGACAGCAGAGGCAGAGCGGCAGCUGGCAGAACAGAAAUGGGAAGAAACAGAGCGCAAGCUGAAAGAGCUCCAGGGGGACUUUGAUGCGCUUUGUCGCACCCCUGGAACACCUCUUCUACGUAGCUAUGGAGAGCUGGACCAGCUUCCCUUGUCUAAGCUUCACUCCAUCCAGAGUCAGCUGCGUAAUGACCUAGACCUUAUAGAUGGGGUAAUAUAUCAGCUUCAGUCAAAGAAAUGUAUAGUUUGCCAAAAGCAUGAUCGUUGCAUUGUUCUGCAGCCUUGCCAACAUUAUGUACUCUGUGAGAACUGUGCACCUAGUAAAACAGAAUGUCCCUACUGUAGAACAAAAAUAUUGAAGUGGUGAUGUACAGUUACUUAAGGUACUAUUUAAUCAAUUAGCCCUUUGAAAAACUACUAAUAGAUAUUACAAUUUUCUACACAGCAGUGUCUGUUAGGAUGAAAUGGUGUUUGACUGACCAAACAAAUAGUAUUAUCAAUCAGAUUGCAUACAGGGGAUUCAAUCGUUAUGGUUUUUGCUCAUUUUAUGUUCACUUGACAUCAAAUAGCCAAGCACUUUCUAUAUGAAAACCAGGCACUUAGUUAAUGAAUAAUAUGGAAUCAUGAUUAAAACAUUGUACAGGACAUAAAAUCAGGCCCUCCUAGCACACAGCCACCUGUCUACUAUCCCACCUAGGCAAGAGUACAUACAAAAUUAUACAUUAGAAGUCUGCUACUAAGCUUACUUAAAAAUUCCGUACAUAAGGACUGAGUUUGUAUCUAAAUGCAAUGCUUAUAACUUACAAUUAUGAACUGUUUUAAUGUGAAUAAACAUUAAAGCAUUGAACCAUAAGGAUGUUAGGGUGACAUCUCAAAAAUUGGCAAAUGUUGGGAACAUGGUGGCCAUCCAAAGCUGAGGUUAUUCUGCUGAUGGUAAAGCUAAAGUGAGCAAAACUCAAAGCAGAUAUGUCUUUAAUUACAGAGGAACUCAUCCGUAUCAAAAAAUAACAAUUUGGAAACCAUUCAAGAAACCAGACAUCCUAGCACCAAGUGACUGAUGUCUAGUCCAGGAAUCGCAUAUUUGUUUUAAGCUCAAUUAGUCUGAUCAGGAAAACAAUAUGUGCACUGGUGGUGUAUGUGAUGGAGAACCACAAAGCAGGUCCGUGUCAAGCUGAAUUAGUAUACAUUUCAUUAUUAAACACAGCGCUACGAGAACUGUUUAUGUGAUGAAAACCACAUUUUCAUUGUAGUAAAAAAACAGAUUCAUAAAAUACUAAAGAUCCAGUAAGGUUUGUCAUCUUUAAAUCAAGAGAAAAUCUCAAAACACCAUUUAAAGCAGUCCUCUUUAAUUAAAGUCAUAUUUUCUUUAAACCCUCCAAAAUAAAAUUUCACCAACUUUCUUUUUUAAAUGCAAACAGUCAAGCAUCAUUAUUUUGACCAACUUUCUGAAGAAGUUUUUCUUAUUAAAAGCACUUUGUUGACCUGGGACUUUAUUCAAGGGUAUAUAUAAAUAUAUAUAAAUAUAGAAAUUUGCUUUAAGCUGCUUUGUAGGUAUUCUUUUGUGUCUUUAUUUUUUAGAUUUAUACAUUUGUUUUCUACAUAAUAAGCUACACAAUGUCUGAAGCUUUUGUGUGUACUGUGAAACAUAAUUGAAUAUUUCAUGUUUCCUAUUGUUAGAUCAUAGCAUGGUUCUACAUAUUAAGAUUUCAUUAAAAAAAAGUACUUAAUAGUUUCUACUUUCAUAACUAGAUUUAUAAAAAUUUCAAUCAAAUAAGUGCAAAUUUAAACUGCACUUUAGGCAUAACCAGCAGCUGUAAUAUCAGUAAGGCACAUGCUACAUGUUAAGGCUGUUUUUCAAUCAGUUUUGUUUUGUAGAAAUUUAUAUAGCCUAUCCAUUAGAGAAGCAUGUAUUGUAUUUGCUAUAAGCCUGAAACUGGGAUUUUUUUUUCCUUUUUUCCCCACUUUUUUUUUUUCCUCUUAUUUUUUGUAGGAAUCUAGCCUCUUGACCUUGUCUAGAACAUAUCGGCCUCUAACUCUAAAGUGCCUUGCCUUAGUUCAAAAGGUUAUGUGUAGAAUUGUCAACGCAAACACAAGUAGUCAAAGCUUGUGCACGCGUUUUCUGCAAAAUGUGUAUUUUAAUUCUGCAGAGGCAUUGACAUGUUUAUGACUAUAUGUGUGUAAAUAUAAAUAUAUGCCAGUGUAUUUGGCCAAAUUCCA